CGCGGCUCUCACAUCGACUAACAGUACUUUCAUCGAGUCCGAUUGUGUAGAGCUUUAGUAUUACUGGUUUAUGUUAGUAUCCAUGGCGAAAGAGACUUCCUGGUCGGAGAAACCGGAGCUACCACCCUCGUCGGAACUCCGCGGCCUUUCACUCGCGGAGCGACGAAACCGACUGAUCCCGUACCUAUCCAGGUCACCGAUUAGGUCACCUGCGUCACCUGUUCAAGAGCAGUCGCCCAGGCUCUCGCUUCACGGGCCGUCUCCCACUGGGAGAGACUCCCCCGUUACUAGCCUCGCCGGCCAAGGCCCAUCGCAAAGUUCCCCCCUUUUUUUUUGUGUGCUCGCGGGUUGUUGAGGCCACUUGUCAGGCAGCCAACCCCUCAGUUUCAAUCGGAAAAUUUCCACCCUGCAAUUUGACGGCGAUUCGCCUGCGCAAUUUCGCAGGUGCAUUACAGGCCGAUUUCGGAUAGUUUUCAACCCGUUAU